AAUUUACACAUUAAUUUACGUUAAAAUUAAGUUAUAAUAAGUUACGUAAAAUUUACUUUAAAUUAUGAACUUUGGGCUAGAAAAUACCACAAACAAAUUACUCCAUUAUCAAUUUCACAUAAUAUUUUCUGAUGAAUUUGUGGAUAAAUUAUGCGUUAAUUAGCUUUUGUGUAAAAGUUUAUUCACGCUUUAAUUUCUCACUCUCACAUCUUAACUUUAGCCGAAAUCACCAAUUCCGAACACUAAAUUAUGUAAAUUUAUUAAACAAACUUAAAAUGACAAAUUCCUCAAAAUUUAAGUUUUUUACCCCAAACUCUCUCUCACACAAUUCCUCACUCAACAAAGCUGUGGGUGAGGUGUUGAUAGUGCCGGUGUUGCAGGAUAAUUAUUCGUACAUAUUGAAGGAUCCGGCGAGUUCUAAUGCGUUGUGUGUCGAUCCUGUGGAGUAUGAAAAGGUUUACAACGUCUCAAAAGAGAAUAAUUUAACACUAAAACUUGCUCUAUGCACUCAUAAACACUGGGAUCACUCAGGAGGGAACAAUGGUAUAAAGAAGUUAGUGCCUGAUAUACAAGUUGUUGGUUCCAGUUAUGAAGACACGCCCGGUGUUACUCUACCCGUUAAACACCAACAAACCAUCCCAUUCGGAAGUUUGGUGAUUGAAUGUUUAAAGGCGUCAUGCCAUACUAUGGGACAUAUUAUGUACUACAUUUAUCAUCCCACUAAUCCCAAUCUACAACCUUUACUUUUCUCAGGUGACACAUUGUUUGUGUGUGGGUGUGGUAGAUUUUUUGAGGGGAAUGCCAAGUCAAUGUUAGAAAUUGUUAAAUCCGUUAAAUCUCUCCCUGAACACACUCUCUUAUACUGCGGACACGAAUACACACUCAAAAAUCUACAAUUUGCGUAUACAGUGGACCCGAGUGACGUGGUACUAAGGAAGUUAGACUGGGCUAAGGAGACCAUUUCCAAAGGAUUACCAACCGUACCAUCAACUCUUCAAGAAGAGAAAUUGUAUAAUCCUUUUCUUCGUGUUGAGGAGUUGAUGAAAUCACUCAAUGAGAAUUCCGAAGAAUCCACAAUGAACAAAUUACGCUCCCUCAAGGAUAAAUUCUGAUCCACCAAAUCUAAUCUCACCAAUCUCAAACUACACAAUACAUAAUAUUAUAAUAUAAUAAUAAUAAUAUAAUAAUAAUGAAUAUGAUAAUGAGUAUAUUGAGGGGUUUAAUUUUUUUUAUUGGUGAUGACUUUUUUUUCGAGGUGGCUUGGGAUGGUGGCUUCAACUUUGGCGGCCUUGACUUGGUUCGGUACGGAAAAG